AGUGAAUUGACAGAAAUUUGCUGGGGAUUGGGCUCACGGCCAGCCAGCCAUUACUUCAAGACUUCACUACAGGAACAGAUUCAAGGAGUUUAUGGUUUGAUCACUUCAUCCUUGUACUUCAUACAGUGUAAUAGUACAGUUUUCCUGAGAACUUUAUACAACUGGCAACUAUAUUAUUCAAAGAGUCGUCACUUUGGGGCUUUUGAUCUGAGAAGCUGACAUCUUUAUGUUUGUACUCUGCCUUCAAAUUAAAGUGAAGCCAUACACUUCAUCUUUCUUGAUUGAAGAUCAUAAACUACUGUUUCUCACUAGAAAAGACGUGUAGUUCUUACUGUAAAGCAAGAUUCUAAUCUGACAGAGAUUAUACAAAACAAAUUCUAAAUCGUAGAAAGAUUUUCUUGCUAGAAUCAAAGUGAAGGAACGGAGUACUAUUAAAAGUCUAAACUGAUCCAAGCAAGGCGAAGGACUGCUUGACCUCUUAGUAAUUAAUCUCUGAUCUUCGUACUUAUUUAAACCAAGUAAGAAAAAUGUUGGAUGGGCAAGGUCCUUCAAGAAGUAACCAGGAAUCGAGCGAGGAACAAGCUAGCAGCAGUACAAGCUCAAGAACAGCUGCAGCUAAGAAGGAAUCGAAAUCAAGUGCUUCAAGAGCACCCAAGACACGUUCAACUGCUGCUAAAAGGUAUAAGAAGGAAACCAACGUCUGAAAUGUAGCUUCAGCCAAGCUCUAUUUCACUCACAAUCAUUCGAAGAUAAUUUUGUUGACCAUAUGUGUUUGUACCGUACACAAACAGAGCUUAUUCUCAACACUUUAUCACACAAGCCCUCCCAGUCAGUGCGAAUGACGCCCUCGUAUACUUCAUUUGCAUCUUAACUUUAAACUCUUCGCACGGUGAUAUCGUGAAUAGAGCGCUUUUCUAAAUACGACAGCUGUUUAGAGCUUUCACUUCUCUUUCAUUUGAAUGUAUUUUGACUAGCGUACGUCUAGGGAAACGCGAGAAAAGCGAGAGUGUAGUUAAGCCUUCCAAAUGUCGCCAUUGUCUUUGAACAAGACAGGGCAGAUGACACGUUUAUUAAAUUUAAACAGUUUACUUGGCGUUUAUUAGCGAUCAUGUAUUCAUUGUAUUUUUAUCAAUCUAUGUGCAUCUCUCGCUCUAGGAUUCAACGAGAAUUGGCUGAUAUCACAUUAGAUCCACCUCCGAAUUGCAGGUACGAUUAUUUUGACUAGAAGAAAAGUAUUAAAAGUACUUGAAAUCAUUUCACGUUUAAUACCCGGAACAAUGACGGCUGACAGGCAGACGUCCGCUCAGUGAGACCUGAUAAUUUAUCAAACAAACCUCAUAUUUGCAUGAAUGGAUGGAUGAACAAAAAUCGAGAAGUUCAACUAGGGGAGAUAGCUAACAAUCGUACGAUGAUGAAUUAUUACUUCGUUUUGGAGUGCAUGUCUCCAUACUUGGCCAAUAUUUCGAAUUAAUCCACGUGCUUAUCAGAUUAAAGAAUGCGUGUUUUAUGUAACAAUAUUUAGAACAAUAUUUCACAUUCGAUGAAAAGCCACACUUUCGUCCGCAAAACAGGAAUUCGAUCCCUACAGUAAAUAAUGAGGCGAUUAGAUCCACGUUCGAACCUUUAAUAGAAUAUUCAAUCCUUCGGGCAAAUUCGACAGCGAUCUAUUGAUAAUUUUUUCGUCGCGUAGUUUAUUUGAACCGAUAAUUAAAAUAGAGAAGUAUCGGGUGGCGUCGAACAAAAAUGGACUGUGCAAUUACGUACGAAGCUCUGCGGUUUCUGGCCCAAAAAUUUGUCACGUUCUAGCAAAAGUCACGAACAAGACAGCAUCACGCGAGAAAUGUAACAAGUACGCGUUAUAAGCGAUGUCAGUGUCAGUGUCGAUGUGUUAAUAGUCAGUCAAAAGCCGUAUCAAUGACGAAGGGCCUUCAUCAGCAGCCGAUUUCCACUACCGACAACUUUUGCCUGAUGUCGCAUGCAACCUGCUUACAACUUGAGUGCAAGGCAAAAGUUGUUUGGCCUAUAAAAUCGGCCUUCACUUCCAGGCAUUGCGCUGCAAGCAGGGUCCUUCUUUCCACCAAUCUGCAACUUCUCACUACGACACUAGGAUUUUGCCGUAAGUUUUGUUAGUUAGGACUUAGGUGGACUUGGGUCAAUGACAAUGACUCAAUGAUUGUCGUGAAACGAGGGAGUACCCUGUUACAAUGUUCAAUGAGACAUCCUGCUAUCUUAUCCUACAAUAAGCUGCCGUGGUUUGUGACUGAACGUCUUGAGAAAGAUAUCUCAAACGAGGCGGUCUAGUGCGAGUUUUACUGCAUGUACCCCGUUUACACUGCGCUCAAUUUUUGGUACGGCACGGAUAAAAUUGGUACCCGUACCAAAUUUAUCCGCGCUCGGCUUUUGUAGACAGGUAGUCCGAGUACGGAUAAAAAUGGUACGGUACUACGGGUAUCAAAACUGCUCUCUCCUCCGCAGACGCUUUAGUUGGCUAUGCCGCCUAUGAUUACGAUUAGUAUUGAGAUGACACACGAGCGGAGCUGCUGGGCGAAAGAGCGAAUGUAUCUCAAUACUAAUCGUAAUCUGGCUCUGCUGAGGAGAGUGCCAAAACUGUCUGAGUGUAGUGCAAACUGAUCUUUUAAAAAAUCCAUUCAAAUGUCACCUAUGAAACAAUUGAAUGACUAAAAAGACAGUAUUUAGUUUUGUGUACGAUUUAAUAAUGUGUAUAUUUAAUAAUGAAUAAUGAAGUAAAUAGAUUUGUACUUGUAUAAAAUUCAGAAAGAUUUAAACUUUUCCGCGCACGUAUGGAAAACGUAUUCUACAAUGUCAAUGAGCCGCUUCGGCGGUUUAUCUGAACUGUCGGAAAAAGAGGUUUCAAACGUGAUGGUCCAGUGACAGUGUAUGUACUAUUCUACAAUAUUCAAUAACUGCUGUGAUUUGUGUCUAGUGAAAAUCAUAUCUCAAACGUUGCGUCCAGUGUAGGUAGUAUUCUACAAUAUUCAAUAAGCUGCCAUGGUUUGUAUCUGAACUUAGUCUUGAGUAAGUCUGUGGGCCGGAAUAUUUUCGUUUUCGUCGACUUCCUGAAUGGCUACGCUUCUUUGCCAGCUUGAAAGACAAUGAAAGGCGACUAGUAUUAAAGUACUAACUCAGAAUUUCUAUAUCUUUUUCAGGUAGUUCAAACACAAUCCACGACAGCUUAUUGUAGAAUACUAAUGAUCGAUGUGCCUUAUGCAUUAUCAAAACUGUUUAUAGGCUAUAGCGGCUCUGACUUCCAAAGGCAGCCGGAGCAUUUGCUUCAAACGCCCAAAACCAAAUGUUUCAAACAGAGACACGGAAGCCUAUAUUUUAGAAGAGUACUUCAGCUAAUCAGCUUUGCAUAUAUACAAUUCCUCAAAAUUUCGCUAGUUGUUACUGGUGAUAAAAAUAUUUGCUCAUUUUAUUCUAUUACACAGAUAUACAAUAGAAUAUGAGUAUCAAUGCUGAACGACUGCUAUGACCGAUUUACACUGCACAACUUUUGCCUAAAACUGUCGCACAUACAACUUGCUUAAUACACUGUUACAACUAGAGUUGUACUGUGUAAAUCAAGCACACAUUCACCUACGACAAGUCGACAACGUAAGGGAUUGUGUGCGUCAUUUACACAGAAAAAAAAACAAGUUGUAAGUAAGCAGGUUGCCGCGAUAGUUUUAGGCAAAAGUUAUGUAAAUUGGCCUUUAAUAUGCAGUCAUUAGAGAGGUUAAGAUACCCCGGUUUCGGUGCGUACGAGUAGUGUCAUCUUGUUUUACUGAUGUCUGUAAUUCGAUCAUACUUUUUCUGUUUUCUUGCAAUAGACAAUGAUAUAAUGCGAAAAAUGUGCACCUUAAUUACGAGUAAAGGUACAGACAUCGACGAAAAUAUUGUUAACCAAAAUCAUGCUACCCAUACACGUACACCGAAACCGGGGUAUCUUAACCUCUCCGCUAUAUUGUCACAAAUGUACGUGUUUGAGGUUUGACCUUUAUUUCAUUUCUCACAGCGCUGCACCGAAAGGCGACAAUAUUUACGAAUGGGUGUCGACGAUAAUGGGGCCACCAGGCUCAGUUUACGAACGAGGAGUUUUCUUUCUUGACAUACAUUUCCCUCCAGACUAUCCGUAUAAACCACCGAAGGUAGGAAACAUAUCACUGACACUGUAUUUUAGUAUGAAAUCUAUUACUACAGUACUGUUGUCUACUUAUAUACAAAUAAAGUUUGUAAAGAUUGAACUGAAUUGCAGAAUAUCUUGUCUGCUCUUGUAAAAUUUGUAGGCCUUGUAGCAGAGCCCGUGCUGCUGUUAAUUUUGUAAAAGGCUUUGAGACUUGCCACUUUACUGGCACGCGCGUAUUAAUGCUUUUGUGUCUUGAUUAGAAUGCGUAGCGUUAACUAUAAAAUUUGGUUAUCGGAAAUUGACAUCUGUUAGUAUUAAUACUGCAUGUAUUCAACAAGUAUAUAUAAUUCUAAUUUUUAAUCUAGUCUAUGUAAAUUUAAGAUGUUUAAUACUUUGGUUGAAUAAAGUUUGUUUGUUUGUGUUGAACGUGAAAAGUUAUGAAAGUAGGCGUAUUUUAUAAAAUUGUCUGAAGCGCAUUUGUAAGCAUACUGUAUAGUUUUGAUAGUAUUUGAAAACUGGUAAAUUAUAUACGUUUGGCGAGCCAUACUCGUGAUAAACUAAUUAAACUAUAAAUAGUCUGAAUUUAUUCAUAAUGUCAAUCAUGGAUUCUGAAUACAGUAUUAUAAAAGACCAAUAUAUUUAUAUUAUUCAAUGAGAUUAGUUCUACGUAUGGUUUAUAAGUCUUAUUAAUAAUUAAGAUUCUGAAUUUAUGCAGUUGAGACAAUUUGCCGUAUAUUUACCGCGCAAGGGGCGUUUGUUUGCGUCGAUGUAAAAAUUGGUUCAAAUGUGCGCGAAAUAAUUUUUUUGCCAACUUUUCAAAGUUGUUGAUUGAUAUUGACCUCUUAUCAAAGCUCACUCAACGCCACUUUUGAUCUUAUGUAAUUUGAUUAUGAAAUAAUUCGCAAAUACAGUAACUGGCAGUCUCGUUUCCAUAAAGUUUACCCCAGCAGAGUCAGAGAGUUUGGUUUUUAAAGCGAUGUUACCGGUAUAUGCUCAUAUGGAAAUAAUAUUAAAGUGUUUAGCUAGGAAAAUUAUCGUUUUUUCCUGCUGUGCCACGUUGACCUCCCGUGGUCACAGGUGAAUCUCAUGCUGUGCUAUGAGAAUUAAUAUGUCAUCUCCUUCAGUACGCCACCGUGGAUAAAAACUUUAAUCAAAAUCUAAAGAUUUAGCAGCUUAAAACAUUGUUUUUUUUAUCUUGAUUAAGACAUGGGGAAAAAAAUGCUUUUGUUUGCUAAGGGAAUAUAUCAUAUAAAUGUUCAUUGCGUCUUCAUAAUUAAUUAUUAUAUAUUUGCUAAAAAAUGUCAAAAUAAUUGAAUAUAUUACAGGUCGAAGCUUGUCAUCAAUCCAUCAUAUUAUAAGUAUUUCCAUAUACUUACUCAUUAACCCAUUGAGUUACAUUGCGCCAUAGUGCACCCUAUUUUAUUAUUUUUGCUCUGUCUAUACACUUGCUUUCACACACAAUGGGUUAGUCAGACUAUCUGCCUGUUUGUACGAGAAAUUAAGUUUUUGAAUUUGUCAUUUUUUUUACUGUAGGUAACAUUUCGUACCAGAAUUUAUCACUGUAAUAUCAACAGUCAAGUAAGUGGGCUAAAAUUUAACCAGCCAAUGUAAACUAUUACUGGACAACUUUAUAUCCACCAUAAAUAAAGUUAGACAUCCUGACAUCUGGGAAACAAGCCUAGCUGUUCUCCUAUGUAGUUAAUUGAAAUGGAUCAAUAAGAGUUGCCUUUGGUGGACCUCUAGGGAGAUUGGUUUAGAACUGAUAGGACUAUCCAGUAUAAAGUCCCACAUUUGGUUGUAACUGUCUUUGUUGUUCUUUCAGGGUCAAAUAUGUUUGGAUAUUUUCAAAGACAAUUGGAGCCCAGCUUUGACAAUUUCAAAAGUUUUACUUUCAAUAUGUUCCUUAUUGACUGACUGUAAUCCAGGUACGUAUCACUGAUCUCAUAAUAUGUUUGUUUGUGCACUCACUGAUCUCAUAAGAUAUUGGACUGAUGUGUGCACUUGCUGAUGUCAUAAGAUAAUGGACUGCUGUGUAUCUGCCCACUGAUCUAAUAUUUAUUAUUGAUCCCUAUAAGAAGCUGGACCAUUAUUUUUAUGUUUACACUCAGUGUAUAUAUCUUUUAAAGAAAUACUAGCCCACUAUGGCCAUUCACUUAUCUUUAAAAAACUAAAUGUUUUUUUUUAUUUACAAAUAAAACUGAAAUUUAAAAUUAUUUUUUUUAGAUGAUCCAUUGGUGGGCAGUGUUGCAACACAAUAUCAAAAUAACAGAGCCGAACACGACCGAAUAGCAAAAGAAUGGACUCAACGAUAUGCAACAUAAAUAGUAGCCCUCAGUAACACUCUGUGAACUAUUGACAUUUCUACAAGCUAGUAGCAUUACAUUAAUGUUAAGAGAGUUAAGUUUAAAAACAAGCACAAAAACAUGAUUUUGUCUUGUGUUGUUUGAAGAAAAUAUUGAAAUUAGUUUAGUAUUUAAAACUAGAAAAUCCUAUAUAUCUAAAUCAUAUUUAGUUACUUACAGGGGGGAUGGGACACAUCACAGUGUAAAUACAUUUAUUUGUUAAUAAUAGUUUUGUUCAUUAUAACAUACAUGUACUUAUUUUUUCUGUACAAAAAGUAUGAUUUUGCUUUCAUCAUGAAAUUCAUUCAUUGAAUUCCGAGCAUUGUCGAAUGGCUAUAUGUUUCUAGAUUUAUAUGGCCUUAAUAUAUCAAAAUGUACCACCAACAGUUGAUGAAAAAAUUAUAUACAAUAUACAUUGUGACAAAGAUGACUUUCACAUACACCUUGACCAAACCUCACUGUAUAUACAUGUUGGGAAUAUUUCUAUUUUUGUUACUCUCGUCGUAGAUUUUCCAACCUAGAAAGAAAAAAACAUUUUAAAGCAAAAAGCAUGAUUUGUAAGAUCACACUUUUAUGCACAAAUGUUA